CAAGAAAAUAGAUCUCAUUCAAACUACCAAUCCAUCAUCAGCAAUAAAACCAAUCACUCAAAUCAAUCUAUCAUCAUUACCAACAUCACAUCAUGAGCGCUGUCACUUCUGCUUCAGGUAUUUUAACUCUUUUGGACGAGGAUGACGUAGAACUCAAAACCUAUGCUCUACAACAAUUGGAUAGUCUCGUUUAUGAAUUCUGGGCAGAAGUAGCUGAUGGUAUCUCAAAAAUCGAAGUACUUUACGAAGAUGAUCGACUAUCAGCUUCUACCCGCUCUCUUGCUGCACUAGUAGCUUCAAAGGUCUAUUAUCACCUAGGAGAUUUGGCCGAAUCAUUACAAUUUGCUCUAGGAGCUGGUGAUCGGUUUGAAGUUCAACGAGUGGGUACGAUCGGUACAGAUGGUGAAUUCGUAGAGACAGUUGUUUCUGAAUGUAUCGACGCCUAUGUGACUCUAUCCACCGCACAUGAACAAUCGAGUUCGGACUCGAUGACUUCCGCUCCUGCUGCUAUCGAUCCACGUAUGUCAGGAAUAGUUGAAAGAAUGUUUAAUCGUUGCAUCGAAGCUGGUGAAUAUCGUCAAGCCUUGGGGAUCGCAUUAGAAAGUCGUCGAUUAGACAUCAUUGAGUCGAUUGCAUCUCGUUAUAGUACUAAAGAAGACAAUCUGCUUAGCUAUCUCUUGGAAGCUUGUAUGACGGCUAUCACCCGGGUGUCUUUCAGAAAUGAUUUACUCAGACUUCUCGUCCGUCUACUCACUUCCCAGAAAUCAGGACCCGAUUACUUCAGUAUCACUCAAUGUUUUGUCUACCUCAAUGAUCCUGAACCGGCUAGUCAAUUGCUCAAGGAGUUAUUGAAACCUGAAGCAAAGGAUGAUGAUAUCUUGACUGCUUAUCAAAUAUGUUUCGAUUUGGCUGAGACUGCCACACAAGAGUUCUUGGAAGUGAUCAGAAAGAAUUUGGCAGGUACACAUGGAUCGGCAACGGCUACAGCCAUCCAGACAGAGGGUUCUAAAUCUAGCAGUAACCCUCAUAUUGACCGGGCACGUGAAAUCCUCACUGGAGAAGAGUCAAUUAAGCUUUACUUAGAAUUCCUUUACCGAAAUAAUCAUUCAGACUUACUCAUCCUCAAACAAAGCAAGGAUGCCUUAGACGGUCGAAGUUCACUUUAUCAUAAUGCUGUUAGCUUUGCCAAUGCAUUUGCGAAUGCAGGUACGACAUCUGAUCAAUUUCUAAGAGAUAAUUUAGAUUGGCUUAGUAAGGCAAGCAAUUGGAGUAAGUUCUCAGUCACAGCUGGGUUAGGUGUGAUUCAUCGUGGAAAUUUAAGACAAGGGAUGGAAAUUUUACAACCGUAUUUACCGGGUGGUGCGAGUUCAAGUUUUUAUAGUGAAGGAGGUAGUCUCUUUGCUCUCGGUUUGAUCAACGCUAAUCAUGGUGGAGCGACAGUUUUGGAUUAUAUUAGAAAUUUGAUGAAGAAUAGUAAUAGCGAGAUUAUCCAACAUGGUGCUGCUCUGGGUCUUGGAGUGGCUGGUAUGUCAUCUGGCAAUGAAGAUGUAUAUGAUGAUCUUCGUGAUGUACUCUAUAACGACUCUGCUAUCGCAGGUGAAGCAGCAGGAUAUGCAAUGGGACUCUUGAUGUUAGGUACUGGGUCAAGCAAAGCUCUAGAUGAGAUGUUACAAUAUGCUCAUGAGACUCAACACGAGAAGAUCAUUCGUGGUUUAGCGGUUGGAAUCAGUCUCUUGUUUUACGCAAAGGAAGAGGCAGCGGAUGGGAUCAUCGAGAUCUUGACGUCUGACAAGGAUCCUAUCCUUCGAUACGGUGGUAUCUACACGGUAGCGAUGGCCUAUGCCGGUACAGGAAAUAAUAAAGCCAUCCGACGUUUACUGCAUGUAGCCGUUUCAGAUGUGAAUGACGAUGUUCGAAGAGCAGCAGUCACAUCACUUGGAUUUCUUCUUUUCCGAAACCCUAGUCAACUUCCACGAGUGGUACAGCUCUUGAGUGAAAGUUACAAUCCAAACGUUCGGUACGGUGCUGCACUUGCACUCGGGAUUGCCUGCGCUGGAACCGGAAUGGAGGAAGCCAUUGAAUUAUUAGAGCCCAUGACGAAGGACACAGUCGACUACGUUAAACAAGGAGCUUGUAUUGCACUAGCGAUGAUUCUAAUUCAACAAAAUGAAGUUUUAAACCCCAAGGCAUCAGCAGUAAGAAAAAUAUUCGAGAAAAUCAUUUCAGAUAAACAUGAAGAUGCGAUGGCUAAGUUUGGAGCGACUUUAGCACAAGGUAUCAUUGAUGCAGGAGGAAGAAAUGUGACUGUUUCCAUGAGGAGUAAGAAUGGAAGUAAUAAUAUGACAGCGAUCGUUGGAAUGGCUCUCUUUAAUCAGUUUUGGUAUUGGUUUCCGAUGGCACAUUCUUUGGCACUUGCUUUUACUCCAACAGCGAUUAUUGGUGUUGAUAAAGAACUUCGAAUGCCUAAAUUCGAAUUCUUAUCCAACACACGACCUUCACUGUUUGCUUACCAACCAGCUACUACACCACCUACGACAGAAAAGGUUGAAAAGGUUGCAACGGCCGUUUUGUCUACUACUGCUAAAGUUAAAGCAAGAGAGAAGACGAAGAAGGACAAAUUGAAUGCAGAUGAGAUGGAGAUGACACCGGCUCCUGAAAGCCCAGCCGUGCUCCAUAAUGAAGAAGCGAUGAAGAUUGAUGAACCAUCAAAUGAAGCAUCAAAGAGUGGAUCACAAGGUCUAGGAAGCAAAACUGCGACAAAAAGGAGAAAGGAAGAAGCUUCAUUUGAUAAAUUAGACAAUCUCUCACGUGUGACACCUACGCAACUAUCAUACAUUUCAUUCCCAGAUCAAUCUAGAUAUGUACCAGUCCGACCGAUCGUUGGAUCAUCUUCAUCUAAAUCAUUAAGUAAAGUAGGAACCGGUUCGAUUAGUAGUGUAGCUCAAACAGUUUUGAGUAUGGCCGAAUUUGCAGCAAGUGGAGCGGGUGGUGGGAUUUUGAUUGUUAAAGAUCAACAACCUGAUUUACCUGAAGAGUUUUUAGAGUUCACUUCACUUAAGAAUUUGACUAAUCAAGUUGAAGAUGUUGGAAUGCAAGAGAGUAGUGGUACAGGAGGUAUGGAUGAAGAUUCGGGAUUGUUAAGUGGACCUAUUGCAGAUCUUCCACCUUCUUUUGAGUAUGAUUUUGAUUCUUAAAAUCUAGAAAAAAAAGAAGAAGAAAUGAAACUUUUUUUUGUGCAAGAAAGAUGUGAUUUGUUUUAGUUUUGUGAAGCCAUUUUUUUGUGGGGUUCUUGUAAGACUCUAUGUGAUGAUGUUGAUUGUGAAUUGGUUGGAUCGAAUGAAUGAAUGAAUGAAUGUGAAGGGUUUUCAAAAAGAUAUUAUAAGAUAGUGUUUUUUUUCAUCAUUAGUGAACUUUUUUAUAGUUUUUGUGCUUCAUUGGCAAGAGAAAAAAAGUAAUGAAAAUUUAAGAUGUGAGCAUGUUUUUUCUUUAU